AUGACUCUCUGUCAGGUGCUGAUAAUCAUCAGCUUCUGGGUUCUUGUCCUUGCGCUUGCGACUGGUAUACCUGCAAUUCUCUUGCUCCUACGUGCUCUUUCGGUGUCGCAGAAUACCGAAGUCCCCAAAUGUCGCUCGAAACAUACCCCCACCCAUCUGCUUGUUGUCCUAGGCAGCGGCGGGCAUACCGCUGAGAUGUUCUCCAUGCUACGGCGCAUGCAGUUCGAUUCGUCCGUAUAUACCUAUCGUACCUAUGUCGUCAGCUCAGGGGACAACUUCAGUGCUACAAAGGCUGUAGAGUUCGAAGCGAAUUUCUUGAACGGUGGGGAAUGGGGUAAACAGAAAAAGCAGAUCCAAAGCCAGAAUGAUUCAGAACCCUACGCCAUUAUAACCGUCCCACGGGCACGUCGCGUUCACCAGUCCUAUUUAACAGCGCCUCUGUCCACCCUUCAGUCAUUUUGGGCCUGUCUUCUUGUGCUACGUGGGCUUCAUCCCGAUCAGAAAUCACUUCCUCAACACAUCCGUUCUUUGUAUCCGGACGUGAUUCUCACAAAUGGCCCUGCGACCGCAGUCUGUAUUAUACUGGCUGCGAAACUUCUCCGUCUAUGUCAUUUCCUGAUUGGCAACACCACGCCAAAAACAGGACAAGGGUCGACGCCCCUGGAUUUCCAGCUGCGUACCAUUUUUGUAGAAUCCUGGGCCCGGGUCACAACUCUGAGUCUCUCGGGCAAAAUCCUACUCCCUUUUGCCGACCGGUUCCUCGUUCAAUGGCCCGCAUUAGAAGGGAAGAGGGCUUGGAAAGGGAUGAGGAAGACCGAAUACGUCGGCGCGCUGGUAGAUUAA